UAGCAAGUAUGCAUUUAUUUGAAGGAGAAACCCUGUAAGAAGGCAAAGCGAAGAAGCCCGCUAGUCGUAAUGCCACCAAAGUGGGUGGGCACACUUCCUAACUAUAAGUAUGGAAACAACCUCGUCUCGUCCUAACGGAUUUCUACUACAGAGGAGACUGAGAUGAGCGCUAACGUUAUGAGACCACAGCCAGCAAUGAAAUUACACGUGCUCUUCGCCAUUUCCUUCUCCUGGGCGUUCCACGAGGUCCCACCCCCUAAGUACCAGCACUACGACCCCUUGACCUCUGAACUCCUCCUGUGUGACCAGUGUCCGCCCGGCACGGCCGUCCUGACCCACUGUACCGCCGAAACCCCCACCGCCUGCUCGCCGUGCCCCGAGCGGUCCUUCUCAGAACACUGGCACUGGGGCGACAGCUGCCAAUACUGCACGACCGUCUGCAAGGAGAGGCAGCUGGUCAGUCAGGAGUGUAACAGAACCCACGACCAGCUGUGUGAGUGUAUUCCAGGCUACCACCUGGUGGUGGAGUUCUGCAUUAAACACACGUCCUGCCCACCUGGCUUCGGCGUAACUGCUCUAGGUACACCAGAGAUAGACACGGCGUGUGAGGCGUGUCCGCAGGGCCUGUUCUCCAGCCGGAUGUCUGCCAGCGAGCCAUGUGUGCCUCACAGGAACUGCUCUGAGCUGGGCUUGAAGACCCUCCGACCAGGGACCCCCACCCAGAACACACUGUGUGAGAACAAGGCUGAAGGAUCUGUCCUGGAGUGCUCCCAACACCACACACAGUGUCACACUGACGUGUCGCUGUGUGAGGAGGCCAUCUUCCAGUCUCUGGCAUCUCUCCGUCUGUCCUCCGUCCCCCUGGAGCGUCUCCUGGAGAGCCUGCCUGGGAAGAGGGUGGACAGGAAGAGUCUGGAGAAGCUUAAGAAGGCCUGCUCCCCCCAGCAGCAGAUACUACUCCUGUUGAGACUCUGGAGAGAACAGAACAAAGACCAGGUUAAACUCUACGGCAUCAUUCAAGGUGUGAACCACUGUGAGCGUAAGGUGUUCAGGUGUGCGGGUUUGAAGAACCUGACCCUGGGUGACCUGAUGAUGGUGAUGAAGAGUCUUCCAGGGGUCCGGGCUCACGAGGAAGACAUCAGGGCCGUGGUCUCCUCAUGCCGCUCCCAGCAGUACCUCCUGCAGCUCCUACACCUUUGGAAGAACCAGAACAAGGACCUGGACAUCAAUAAGGGUCUGAGUCACAGCCUGAGCAGGCUCCGACAGCAGGGGGCACCACGGCCGCUCCUCAGGAGCAUCAAGAAGAUCAACCGGAUCAUCUCCACCUCCUCCAUACACAAGAUGUACGAGAAGAUGUUCCUCAACAUGAUCGAGGACGGGACCUGCUUCAACACCAAACCCUACAACCAAUAGGAGACAUGGGGCGGGUCUAAGGGGGGGAG